GAUCAAAACUGACAAACUGCCACGGAAUCCUCCAGACCUCUCUCUGGCCUUGCCCUAUCUCCUCAGCUCCUGAACUUUUCUUCCUUCCGUCAUGGUCUUAGCCCAUUCUUAGCAAACUACCAGGUCCCGGACUCCUGGUCUGCAGCUAUCCUGAGCCUGUUGUGCUAGGAUUCAAGUGCCUGCAUCUGCUCCCUAGUGGCCUGAUGACAGAGCUUAAUGGAGGUAUCUUCCAGACCUUCCUCCAACAUCGACCCAGGCAACUAUGGUGAAGUACAUGAUCUGAUCACCCAAAUACCCUCUAAAGUGCAGAUACAAGACAUUACUAAGGAGCUACACUGCCCACUGUGUAAUGACUGGUUCCGUGAUCCAUUGAUGCUAAGCUGUGGCCACAACUUCUGCCAGGCCUGUAUCCAAAACUUUUGGAAGCAGCAAGCAAAGGAAACAUUCUGUCCUGAGUGUAAGAUGCUAUGUCAAUAUAGUAACUGUACAUUCAAUCUUGUACUGGAGAAGCUGGUAGAGAAGAUUAAGAAGCUACCCUUACUCAAGGGCCAUCCACAGUGCCCAGAGCAUGGAGAGAACCUGAAACUAUUCAGUAAGCCAGAUGGGAAACUGAUCUGCUUUCAAUGCAAAGAUGCUCGGCUGUCUGUGGAGCAGUCUAAAGAUUUCCUGCAGAUCUCUGAUGCUGUCUGUUUCUUCAUGGAGGAGCUCACCAUCCAUCAGGGUCAACUGGAGGCAACCCUGAAGGAACUUCAGUCCCUGAAGAAUAUGCAGAAAGAUGCUAUUGCUGCUUACAAGGAAAACAAGCUACAUCUGCAGCAACACAUCUCCUUGGAGUUUCUAAAGCUACAUCAGUUCCUGCACAGCAAAGAAAAGAACAUUUUAAAUGAUCUCCGAGAAGAGGGGAAAGCCUUGAAUGAGGAGAUGGAGCUGAAUCUGAACCAGCUUCAAGAACAGUGUCUCCUAGCCAAGGAGAUGUUGGUGAGCAUCCAGGCACGAAUGGAACAGCAGAAUCCCUUCGACUUUCUCAAAGAUAUCACAUCUCUCUUGGAUAGCUUGGAGCAAGGAACGAGGGUACUGAUGCCCAGAGAGCUUAUCUCCAGAAAGCUGAACCCAGGCCUAUACAAAGGUCCCAUCCAAUACAUGAUGUGGAGGGAAAUGCAGUCCUCUCUCUCUCCAGGCUUAUCUUCAUUAACUCUGGACCCUAAAACAGCUCACCCAAAUCUGAUGCUCUCCAAAAAUCGAACCAGUGUGUGGCAUGGUGACAUUAAGCAGGUAAUGCCUGAUGAUCCAGAGAGAUUUGACUCAAGUGUGGCUGUGCUCGGCUCAAAGGGCUUCACAUCUGGAAAGUGGUACUGGGAAGUAGAAGUAGCAAAGAAGACAAAAUGGACAGUUGGAGUCGUCAGAGAAUCUAUCAUUCGGAAGGGCAGCUGUCCUCUAACUCCUGAGCAAGGAUUCUGGCUUUUAAGACUAAGGAACCAAAUUGACCUAAAGGCUCUGGAUUUGCCUUCUUACAGUCUGAAAUUGACUAACAAUCUCAACAAGGUGGGCAUAUACCUGGAUUAUGAAGGAGGGCAGGUGUCCUUCUAUAAUGCUAAAACCAUGACCCACAUUUACACCUUUAGUAGCACUUUCAUGGAGAAACUUUAUCCCUAUUUCUGCCCUUGCCUUAAUGAUGGUGGAGAGAAUAAAGAACCCUUGCAUAUCUUACAUCCACAGUAAUUAGUCAUACUGUUGUAUAAAUUCAGAGCAUUAUUAAAGAGGUAUUGAAAUAGUU